AUGGAUGUAAAGGACAUUUUAUUAUGGCGAGAUGUCAAAGUGACUGCAAUUGUAUUUGUCAGCGGGUUUGUCCUCCUGAUCUGCAUGACACAGUUCAGUGUGGUCAGCGUUCUUACCAACAUAGCACUGGUUUGCCUCGCUCCCAUGCUCGCCUUGCGACUGCUGAUGACUGCAAGAUCUGCAUUUCUCAGAAGUGAAUUUGAGCAUCCACUCAAGUAAGCAAUUGUGUUUAGUCUGUAAUGCUAUAGCUGGUAGAGAAUAAGAGCUGGGAACACGUGAUUGCAUGCGCAAGGAGAUAAAUUUUGGGCGACCACGUGUUAAUUUCCCGUGCGAAAUUUAACAGAAGAACAUUUCCGCUGUCUUGAAAGCUAUGCGAAAAGAAAAACUUGAAACGUUCAUAGAAAUCUGUAAAAGCAAAGAAAAGUAAGGAGAAGGAAAACGCGAGAAUUUUCGCAGACAAAUCUUAUCUAAUUACGGACUUCCAACUAAUUUACCAUAACGUUUUGAGGUUUAUCAAAAAAAGUUAUACGUAUUUCAAACAUUGCGACUUGCUUGCUUAUAUAGUUUUUUAUAACUCUUUGCCUAUACAACGUUCGCACGUGCGCUUGUACCUUUUCAGCCUGUCAUGACUGCAAAUUAUAUAUUUAGGCACGAGAGAAGUCGCGUCUGAUUAAAACGCUUCCCAAUUCCUACCCUUAGCUUCAAAGUGUGUGCAAACAGUGAACAUACCAUUUUCCGAGAUAAAGUACUCAAUGCUUCACUGAAAACCACAUUGGCGAGUUGGGUUCCUUCAUUAAAUAUAAGUAUAAUUAUCAUGAAAGCAUUAGCAAGACAAAAAUUUUAAUCCUAAGCUUCUACGCCAAUUUUCCAUCUUAGGGCGUAUUUAUCUAGGGACAUAGAAGUUUCCAAAGAUAAGGCAAGUACACCUGGCACAAUAUGCUGAAUAAAGUAUUGCAUCUUAAGACUCAAACUAAUGUUACGUCUGAAGGCUGACCCAUUAGGAUUGAUUUGCUUCGAAUUUCUCCUUACAAUAUCACCUGUGAAUUACAUAUUAAGGUCAUGAGAAUAAAGGAAAUGAUAGCCAACUUAAGAAGCCCCUGAUUGUCAAGCAAAUUCUCCUUGUCAGUAGCAAAGGAAAUGUAAGGAGAACAGUGAGGAGAAGAUGAAUUCCAAUAUUAGGGUAGAAAGUGUUAGUAAGAAGAAACGCAGUUGCUUGGAGAGGGUGAAGAUUGCAAAGUUACUAGAUUUCAGAAUCAUAAAGUUGAUUAACUUUUUCAAAAUUUCUCCUUAAAAGGCGGAUCUCGUCGGUGAGAAAGUUUCUGGGUUUGCUGCAGCCAUGACAACAAAGCUAAGAGCACUCUUUUUAGUGGAUGAUCUGCCAGCUUCACUGAAGGUUUGUAUUCACAUUUGUAGAACGAGUUUCGGUUGAGAGUCUUGAGACAAAAAAAUAGGUGGAGUGAUGAUAGCAAUUCCGAACAUAAACUCUUGUUCUGAUAGUACAUCAAUCUGUUCAGUGUCAUGCAAGACAAUAUAAAGUAUGCUUAGGGUAUGUGAAAAUAUGAUAUUACGGGGGGCUUAUUAGAAAGGAAAACGGGCAAACUGCCAGAGCAUUUACACGAGCAUUUCUUAGCCUGCGAGAAAGGCGGCAAGUGGUCUACAAGGAGUCUGGUACUAGCAUUGUUAGCGGGUAGAGAAACGCGCGCGUUCUGCAGCGCUUAUAAGAGGGCCUGCGAGCAGUUUAGGAAACUGCUUCGAGCGCGGAGUCGAGUGACGAGAACGCGGUUGGAUUUGGCUUUGCAUUUGAUUGUUUGAGAAUUUUGCAGACUACUGUCGAUACUCGAUUAGUUAAAAAUUGCUCUAUAGUGCACAAGUAGAGGCUUUGUUAAAUAUUUUCUAGAUUUUUUUUGGUAUUUAGCUCAUACGGAAAGUACCGCUUACGUGUACUGCAGUACAUACAAGAGCGUCAAGCGCGUGUAAUUCGAAGGGAUUACACGCGCUUCCGGUGCAUUUAGUUACGCGUGUGCAGUAGAAAAAUUACACGUCUGCAAUGGUUUAUACGCAAAUGCGUGUAUUUCAAUUCAUCUUUUGUCGUCCUCUACACGCAUGUGCGUGUACUCUUUCACACAGAUGCGAUCACAGUGGAAAUUUGUAUUUCACUCGACUUAAGAAUUGCUUGAGGUUGAUCAUUCAGGGCAGCUUAUAUGGAGUUCAGUUCAAAGUUCCCUGUUGGUACUUGACGUAUGACUCCCUUGGAAUAAGCUGAAUAUAAAAUGACAUUUUUUUCUUUCAAUUUCUCAGCUGCUAGUAGCCUUGUAUGUUCUCUCUUACGUGGCUCAGUGGUUCAGUGGAAUUACUCUGACAUUCAUGGGUAAGUUCAAAGACUUAAUUUCUCCCAGUUGGGUUCACUGAAAUCCUUCCUAGGAAAAAUAUGAAGACAGUAUACGAAUCACUUAUUGUUAGAUUGCCAACUACGAAGGUUUGAAAAUGAAAGCUUGACAAGAAUUAGCUCUCUACCAGGCCCUUAUUAUUAGCGCUGCAGGACGCGCGUUUCUCCUCUCGCGGAAGACUUGAGAUGAGUCAGGAGAGGUUUUCGGGGAGUCGUGCAUUACUGAUUAGCGCUAGACCACUUGCAGACCUCUUGCACUCAUAUUUUCCCGAGGGCCAAAACAAAGGGUUUUACCGAAGUGCUAAUAACAGAUGCCUGCUUGCAAGCUAGACAAGGGCCAACAUUUUCAUUCCCGAGGGACUUUCAUGUUGCGGAGCGUAUUUUGAUAAAGUAUCAUGAAACCAGAGCAAGAGGAAUACCAAUGGCCAAUCAGAGCAUAAGGUGAAAAAGAAAAACUCUGGGUAAACGUGCAUAGCUGCUCAUCAGACCAAUCACAAUACGAAGUAAAACAGAAUCAGUAAGAUCCCACAUACCUCUCCAAAACUCGAAUAAAAUUUCUGUAACUUACAUCGUUUUGUUUUGUAGCAUUUAUUGGAGCCUUUACAAUUCCAAAGAUUUACGACAUGUACGAAGUAAGUACCAAAUACAUACUUCAGUUUAUAAUGAGAGCAAUCCCUCCUUUCCGGCAAAGUCCGUCGCGCGAGUUAAAUAUAUAUUAAAAACAAAAGCUGCAAAAAAAAACAAAAUUCGUUUACGUGCGCGUCAUUCUCAGAGUGCCGCGCGGAACGCGAGAAUAAUUUUUUUUGCAGUUAUAUUUUUACUUGCGCGACAGACUUCGCCAAAAAGGAGGGAAUACUCAUGAUUCAGCUUCUAUAUUAUGACAAGAGAUUAUUAUCACUUAAUAUUGAUGAAAUCUUUAUUUCGUUUCUGUACAUAAUUGCAAUAUCAGGCGUAAAGAAACACAAUAUUUGAAUUCAAAUUCCGAUAUGAGUCAAAUAUAUUAAAAAAAACUAGUUUGACUUUGUUUUAACCUUAAGUUAUAUUUAGGCGCUUGCCAAAUUAAGGAAUUUUUUAGCGGUAUGAAGAAUCUUUUCAGUCCUGAGAGAAAAGUAUGGAUUAGAUUUUUAAGUGUCUUCUAUCAAUUUCAUUCCAUUUUUUUAGACGGAGAUCAAUUCGUGCUUGGGUAAAAUCAAAAGUGCUGUAGAAGACGCAACUGGAAAGUAAGUAAAAUUAAGGCAAAUUGAAAAAGGGUGAUUAUUCUAAGCUCUGCCCGAAACUCGAGCAACAGAGUCAACGAGAAAUAGUUUGUCCCUUCAUUGAUAGCGUGCUCAUUUUUUAUUUUAUUGAAUAGUCAGUGAGUACCGCCACAUAAACAGUUCCUUACUAAAAGUGUCGAUGAACAAGUUUUCCAAGUUUUGAAACUGUUCUAACUUAUUGUAUUUCUGUUUUUCAAGCUCGUAAAUAAAAGAAAACUUUUUUACGCUAGAGAAAUUUGAAAUUCAUUUUAGUCCGGGGUUGCUUUACUUCGCUCUUUAAUUGGUCCAGGAAAAUUGCGCCACUUUUUCAACCGAUCAGUUCCAAAACUAGAAUCAAUCAAGACUUGGUCCUCCUCGUUUUCCCGCGCUUUACUUCGAGUUCUUAUUGGCUCUUAAAGAUAUUUUACUUUCUUCCUAUUGGUUUUUGUGACACAGCCGAGAAGCGCUCAAGUGCAUUCGAUCGACAGAGACUGGAAAUGACAAUUGACUCAGGGCUGGUGAAGCGCGCGCGAUGCCUAAGAACUUCAUUUUUUUCUUUUAUUUAGAAUUGCUUCUAAAAUGCCGAAAGGAGCGACGAAUCCUGCCAGCAAGGAAACUCAAGAAGACAACGACAAGAAAGCGUCAUGAGUGAAAUAAUUCACUUAACACUUUUGAAAUUUGUAGGAUAAUGUUUUAAAUAUUAGGAAUUGUUUUUUACAUUUCUGGUUUCAUUUUCCUGUAUUACUUCUUCCUCUCGGACGUUUUCCAUCUAAUUUAUUCCUUCUUUGUAUUUAUCUAGUCGUUUAUUUAUCAUUUAUAUAGAUAUCGGGAUAUUUUAUUUGUUUCCAUUGUUGGACUAUUUAAAAGUUAACAAACUAUUCGUUGACUCAGUUUCAUUCCCGGGGCAGCUCUGUUUCUCGUUGUCAGCAGGGUUUGGAAAAGACAUUGUUCAAUGCUUUUUAUGCCCAGGCAAAUUAUGUAUGAUUUCUGAUGUAUUUGUAGCUUUAAUUCAAAGCGUUGUGAACUUAUUUCAAGAAAUCGAUAGGUUGAAUUAACCAAAAACUAAGCUUGCGAAAAAUGAUUUCUAAAGAGGUGUAAUCACUAGCGUUAGCAUGGUACUAUGUGGUGACAAAAAAUUAUAAAACUAAAAUAAUGAACACACUGAAGAAGUGAGAAAGGAAAUGAAUAAUUUGCCUCAGGACUUGCAAUGAAAUAUUGCUUUAAGUAUCAAAUUUGAAUCCAAUGAAAUUUUUGAAUCAAAAUAAAAUUGUCGUUGAAAGUGAAGUGCUGAAUCAUUUGAUUUCUAAUAGCCUGUUCCGGGCAUUCAGUCAGUAAAAGGGAGCGCGAUAUCUAGUGAAUGGCGCGAUAUCAACUGAACGCCUGGAACAGGCUCUUAUCUGACUGUACCAAGAGUUUUGUAAAUACUUAGAGAACAAUACAUUAUGAACAAGAUAAACUUUCCACCUAUUGAGCGACUGUUGAAUGAAAACUACAGAUAAACCAGGUGCCGAAAAGGCUUUAACGAUAUGAUCAUAAAAACAGCUAAUACAUACGAGCCUUUUCUCCCUGUUUUAUUGAAAUAAGAGACGAAUCAGUUUCAAUUUCAACUAAGACGUUAAUAACGAGUUCAGUCAUUAACUGUACCUAUCAUUACAGUAUAAACAUCACGAGCUCAAAUGCUUGAUGGUAUAGUUUACUGAAAGUUGUGCACGGU